CAGCGGCCACCAAAAACAUUUUGCUCUGCCACGCUAUCGUUACACCGUUAACGAAGAAAGAUGAGGAACGGGCUCUAUCUCAUCGAGGCCGACGAUCGAGGUCGGGUUUUAGAUGCGCGUCUAAAUGAACGGUACCGUUGCUCAGGACGCAGCCAAGGAGGAAAGGGAAGGACGCGGCGCGCGUGCUGUGGCCAGCCGCGAUCUUCCACGUGCUUCCUCCUCGAUCAUUUGCGAAGCCUGCAUCGGAACCAGCUAUCCGUAGUCAGAUCAGAAACGCCUAUACUGACCCACUCUCACUCUCACCUUUCUCUUUCCCCCCUGUCUCUCAUCAGAUUUUCUCCUCUAAAGAGCGGCGAUUCUAUCUUUGCCUAUCAAGAUGAUAAGCACACACUCUUAUCAUUUCGAUACGCUCGGCAAGAAAACGAAGUUGCUAAAUGCAAAGCGCUCCAUAACACGCGAUCUCAAUUUCGAUGACAGUCUCGCCGAUGAAAUGGGAAUUGACUUUUUUCUCGGCGAAGAGAUCGAGAUGUCGAUAAUUUCUAAGUUAUAAACGAUUGAAAAAGAAGGACUUCUUCACGGACUGAGGUCUAAAAAGACAAAUGGACAACAGAAUCAUAUUUUUCAAUUGACUUGAAGUAUAAGCCCUGCUUUGUAGAAUUUCAAUUUAAAACUUAUAAAGACAUAUGAUGUUGGAGAAUUGAAAUGCGAUAAACGAUGGUCUCCCUCGACAUUUUCGCUAAGAAAAAUCGACUUUGAACUGGUUCAAAGAAUCUAUCAUUGAAAUUCGCGAUUUGUGGGAACAUAAAAUAUAAUUAUACUUGAGAAGAAAAUUAAAAUGUCAAAAAAUAAUUCCAAGAUUUUGCUUUUGCGCAUGUAUGAUAAUAUAUGAUGAAAUUUAAUCCCUGAGAUAAAGCACACAAAGAGUGCGCCAGUGCGUAAACGAAAGCGGCUCAUAUCUGAAAUUGCAUUUACAAUUAAAAUUACGCGUUAUCUUACUAAGAAUCUGCUAAAAAUCGGAGAAUGACGCGGCAAGUAUUUCUCGCCACGCGCUUCAACUUCGACUGCACCCAAUGCAAAUAGCGUGCCCGUCAUCAGGUAGAUGAAUCGUUACGCAAUUCGCGAAAAGCAAUUGUCGCAAGUACAAGCGGAUGGCAGUAUAUUUGCAAUUGGAUUAGAUCGCGUAAACGUUAGCUAAAUUGAUUAAUUGCCGCCACGGCGUAAGCGGCGCUCAGGACAUCGUCGUCAGUUGACGACGUCCAGCUAAGAUGAAGAGCACACUUCUGGUAGUUUUGCUUCACCUGUGUUGGAAUUCUCUCCCGGAAGUAUGCUCCUCUAGAAGCAAAAGAGAGCAGAACGAGGAUGUCAACAAUUGCACUAUGACGUCAAGGCUAAUUUUGCCGGAACAUUAUGUCAAAGAAAUUAGACCACCGUCAGAAAAAAACACUCCUGUAGUGGUGAACUUCAACAUUUUGGUAGUUGACAUUAAUUCUAUCAACGUUGAAGAUAUGGAUUUUCGUGUGGACAUGUUUGUUAGUCAAAGCUGGAUGGAAUCUCGACUUAAUAUGUCGCAAGACAUAUUUGAAAAAGACGACGAUUAUGUCAUACUGCCGACAGGAUUUUUUGAUAAUCUAUGGCAGCCCGAUCCAUAUUUUCUAAACUCGAAAGUUUCCGAAAUUGCGACGUUGAGCCAUAAAUUUUCAUUAGUCACAUUAUAUCGGAAUAAAACUAUUAAAUAUUCUGCACGAAUUAACGCUAUUGUCGCCUGUCAGAUGGAAUUUCAGUUGUAUCCAAUGGAUAUUCAAAUCUGCCCGAUUUACAUAGAAAGCUUUUCCUACAACAGGAAAAAGUUGCGCUUAAAAUGGGGCGCGGGUGGUGUGACGGUGAAUCCCGAAUUAAAGCUGUUGCAGUACGACAUCGGGAAGCCUGCGGUGCUCGAAGAAACCAUAGAUUAUAUGCUCGAGAAAAAUGGCAAUUUUUCGCGGCUGGUGGUCUUCUUUCGCUUCGAGAGGCAGAUCGGUCACCACUUGAUACAAACGUUCGCGCCGUCGACUUUGGUCGUGAUGCUCUCUUGGUUCAGCUUCUGGCUAGGCUUGGACGCGAUUCCUGGUCGAGUGGCACUUCUGGUCACGAGUAUGCUUACACUGGUGACGAUGUUCACCGGUCUUAAAAGCGAUAUUCCGCCAGUAGCAUAUAUCAAGGCGUUGGACGUUUGGAUGGCUGGCUGCAUGAUGUUCGUAUUCGCAGCUCUGGGUGAAUUCGUCGUAGUCAAAGUGCUGGACUUGCGACAUGCCGAAAACGAUUCGCAAAGUUCUAUGGGAUCUCGUUCAUUUUCGCGAUUAACAGCGAAAAGCAUCUGGGACGACGAGUUCACUUACGCGAAUAAGCCGGAGAAUAAGCGGACCAGUCGGUAUUUACUGCCGACUCUGUGGCUAAAUCCCAAAAGUCAGAUAAUGCAAUCGCGUAAAACUCGCUCUCAGAAAAUAGAUUGCUACAGCAGAAUUGUAUUUCCUAUACUCUUUCUACUUUUCGUCGUUUUAUAUUGGCCGACAGUGCUGCUCAAAAAGGUACCGUGAUAAAAUGACACGAGGUUCUAAACGUUUGUCAAUAUUCGAUGCAUAUUAUCCAUAAUCAGCAUUUCUUUUCACAUUCACUGAAAC